GAGGCAGCAUUAAGGAUCAUCCCCAGCGCUCCCGGCGCUCUUUAUCAUCCCAGCGCUCAGCGUGCUGGCUCCUCCCCCUCCCGGCGGCAGCGUGCGCUCUCAGCCGCCCCCGUGCACCCCGCGCUCGCCAGGCCUGCGCGCCCGAGCCCAUGCCCCCAGCUCCGCGCGGCCCUCCAACGCCAUGUGUGUCCCACACACUAUGGAGGCGGGCAAGCACAGCGCCAGCCAGGGACAGGGCAGCUGCGCCGGGGUCCCCCUGGAGCCGUUCAUUCACCAGGUGGGCGGCCACACCAGCAUGAUGCGUUACGAUGACCACACCAUCUGCAAGCCGCUCAUCAGCCGAGAGCAGCGCUUUUACGAGUCCCUGCCUUCAGAGAUGAAGGAGUUCACCCCCGAGUACAAAGGUGUGGUGCUGGUGUGUUUUGAGGGUGACUCUGAUGGCUACAUCAAUCUGGUGGCAUAUCCAUAUGAGGAGAGCGAGGGGCUGGACCACGAAGAGUUGUCCGAAAGAGAUCAGCCACGCCGAAAACACUCUCGCCGUAGCCUCCACCGCUCCAGCAGCGAGCACAAAGAGGACCGACCUGCUCACGACGGCGACGGCAACGACAAUCUGCAGGAGUUGAAGAGUCCUCGCCUGGACCUACAGAUGCAUUCGGAUGUGCCCUUCCAGAUGCUAGACAGCAACAGCGGCCUGAGCUCAGAGAAGAUCAGCCACAACCCCUGGAGUCUGCGCUGCCACAAACAACAGCUCAGCCGCAUGCGCUCCGACUCCAAAGACAGGAAACUCUACAAAUUUCUGCUGCUGGAGAAUGUAGUCCAUCAUUUCGUCUACCCCUGCAUCCUGGACUUGAAGAUGGGCACCCGGCAGCACGGCGACGACGCGUCAGAGGAGAAAGCCGCCCGCCAGAUGAAGAAGUGCGAGCAGAGCACGUCUGCCACAUUAGGAGUGCGUGUGUGCGGCAUGCAGGUCUACCAGAUGGACACCGGUCACUAUCUAUGCAGGAACAAGUACUACGGCCGUAGUCUUUCUAUUGAGGGAUUUCGACACGCACUUUUUCAGUUCAUGCACAAUGGGACGCAGCUGCGCAAAGACCUUUUUGAGCCCAUCCUGCGCACACUAUGCAGCCUGAAGGCUGUGCUGGAGCGCCAGGCCUCAUACCGCUUCUACUCCAGCUCGCUGCUCAUCAUAUACGAGGGCAAGGACCCCGAGUCUGUGAACGCUGGCUGGCAGAAACCCUCAGAGCUGCCAUCAGAAAAGCAAAAUCAGGCCACACCGCUUGGGUCUGUGGAGAGCCCGCCGGCCUCAGAGCCCCACACGCCUCCUCGGAUGCUGAGUGUGGAUGUGCGCAUGAUAGACUUUGCCCACAGCACCUUCAAAGGCUUCCGGGAUGACCAAACGGUCCACGACGGACCUGACCGUGGCUACGUGUUCGGACUAGAGAGCCUCAUCAACAUUUUGCAGGAAAUCCGCAAGGAGAACCAGUAGCCGAACCCACUGCUCCUUCAGUUGCCACCCAGCAACUUCAUGCAAACUGUUGACAUUUUCAUAGAAAAACAAAGAUGUUUGUAAAAAUUGCACAUCGACUCAAAACUAAAGGCGUGUUAUAAUUUGAACCGUGAGGGAUCCGUGCACACAAGAAAUGGAGGUGACCUCUAGCUAUGAAGGUAUGAAGGUUCUGCUGUCAGAAAAGAAAUGGCUCAACAGAAGAUGGUUUCAGUUUGUUUGUCACCUGUAUUCAUCGCCACCAUGUGGCCCGCUGAAGCACUGCAGGAAUGAACUCAGGCCUGUUGUCAGGGUCUCUCUUAGAGAGUGUGUGUGUGUGUGUGUGUGUGUGUGUCACAUUUCACCUCAAAAUAAGAAAGAUGUUAUAUUGCAUAAAUAAAGCCUGUUUUAGGACCUUUAAGAUUUUUGUGACAUUAUUUUCAUGAUAAAUUUAGCCUGAAAGCAUUUCAUCCCAAAUUCUUAUUAUAAUGCAAAACAUUUUAUCCAGACACACAUUGUUUUAAAACAGAAUAGAUAAAAUUGAAUACAACAAAUUCCAUCAUGAAUUGUACUUUGCCACUAUAAAUACUGUAUCAUUAUUUGUUCACAUCAUACUGUACUAAUGGGACUGAUAGGGAAGAUUAGUUAUAAAAAUAAUGUCACCAUGCAAAAAAAAUCUUAAUGGUUUUUAAAAUAUUUUCAUGCAAUGUUGUUUUUUCUUGUAAUUUGUUUUAUUUUCUUGGGUGGGGGAGUGUGAAAUAUAAGAUGUUCUUGUACUCAGUAUUUCUCCAGGAGUUAAAAAGGGAGUAAAUUCAGCUCAGAGCAGUUGGUCAAAGCUUUACUGUAGGAGUCGGGAGCAUUUAAAGGAGGUUUUAAACCACUCAUCUCUGAUGACAAGAGGAUGAAUCCGGCCCUGUGGCAAUAGGUGAAUUCACAGCUUAGCUAUGUGAGCCUAUUUAACUGCUCAGAUAAUGCUUUUUUAUUUUAUUAUAAUUAUAUUUUAGGCUUUUUGGUAGCUAUCUUACUCUGUACAUUUAAAGCAGUCAUUACAUGUUAAGAGUUUUGACAUUUUUGUUGUCCCCCUCUGUGAUUGAGCAGUCGUAGGGGUUUUGGUGGGAUAGUGUAUUUGUAGUCUUGAAUUUAGAUUACCCUUGUGUUACAAAGUCUUUCCCUGUCAGUAACGUGGUUAUAAUUGCAGAGAAACGCCUCACUGUAAAAUA